AUGGCGUCGCCAGUGGCGGUUGCGGCCGCCCCGUUGCAAUUUCACGAUUACUUGCAGUAUCCAAUUGACGAUAGAAAACCACCAAUACCAAGUAUAUCGAAAUAUCGAGCUCUACGCGGAAAGAGAGUUUCAUCCGAUAAUAUCAAAACCUUCGAGGUGUAUGCCGACCCUCCAUCAGACGGAAGCCAUCUGGCUGAGGGGGAUUGUUACCCACGACUCGACUCGCCGACAUUGAUGACACGAAUUGCUCGACGACGAUCAAGAAGUGUGGUCUCAACGAUAACAUCGACACGAGAACCACAUCCCCCGUUGCCCGCGCUCCCAGCGUCACCAUCUCCAGUAGUCUCAGGUUCAGUUGGGAAUCGCGGAGUAGAGUUCUUCAAAGGUCUAGCGGAAAGUGUUACGGGGAUUAUUGGCAGUCUAUCCCCACGACUUGCGGUGGGCACUGGUAAUACUGACAAUGGAGUCGUGAGACACGGUCAUGGCGGUCUAUCGUCCAGGCCUUCAUUUAUUCGCUCCCCAGUUCCGUCUCUCUUGGUGUCACCAUGUGCUCAAAGCUUUGCUGGCGCAUCAAGUAAUUUAAAUUUAGCGUCUGAAUUUCAAACCGCGCCGUCGCCCGCUGUCCCGUCUGGCCCCAGCAGCCCCCUGGCCAGUCCGUUAUACGUCUUAACGCCUAAAACUACAAACAUCCCACCAUCACUUUCAACCUUAGCUUCCAAACCUCUACCUCUACGGUCGCCAACUUUAAACCAAGAUUACGCCUACACUCGUGCGCGCCUCGCCAGUCGUGAUCGCAGCCGUAGUCGCAGUCGCAGUCGCAGCCGCAGUCUUCCUCGUACCCCAGACUUAUUUAAACAGCUUCCGCCGAUAUCUGCAUUCGAUCUUCCACCGCCAGACUCGCCUAUUCUUCGAACUGUGCCAUCAGCGAGUGACAUCGCCCGAUUUAAGAGCCGCAACCUUCGAGCUUUACGUAUCAAUACUGAAGCCGCAGAGCGCGCUGCAAAACUCGAACGAGAAACCUUCGAAAGUCAGCAAGAAGAAGAAGAACGCUUGGCGGAGGAAGUUGCCCGCCUUGAGGCUGAGACUGAUCGCAUCCUCGCCGAGCAAAAGAAGCGCGACCUUGCUCGCAUUCGCACGCAACUUCCGACUCCGUCGCCCAAGUUCCCACGAUUCCUUGUCCUUGAUAAACUGCCCUUCUUGUAUCGCAGCAGGCGAUCGAAUGUUGUGACAAGCCAGGUCGGCACGCCAAGUCCUGAAACACCGACCGUCUUUUCUCUUGAUUCCAGCCGCCCUAACAGUCUAGAGAACUCUGCUUCACCAGACAAAAUGAGCUUUAUAGAACAGGGCGGCAAAGGCAUCGUGCCGGGUAUCGAUGCGCCUACUUCCGCCAUCAACGGAGGUGAAAGACGCGUGUGCGUACGAUGCCUUUCUUCCGUUAUCAAUCUCCCUGUCAAUACCGAAACUUCGCCCGUAGACAUUCUCUACUCGACUGCAAAUUUGACAAGCCAUAACAUUGACCCGGAGGCCAGCGUAUUAAUUGAAUGCUAUGUCGAGCUAGGCCUUGAGCGACGUCUUCGCCGCUAUGAACGAAUUCGUGAUGUUAUGAACUCUUGGGAUCGCGACCAGCAAAACUCGCUUCUUGUUGUUACAAAUGACAUCUCUCAAAAAGACGACCCUGAUCUUGAUAUCAAGUCAGUGCCACGGACACCGACUCCUCCUCCCGGUUUCAGUCUACAGAUGUAUCAUUCUUCAAGGCCGGGAAAAUGGAACAAACGGUGCAUCACGCUUCUGGAAUCCGGACAAAUGUUUGCUUCUAAAAAGCCCGAUUCCAAGGUCACAGACAAGGACAGCACCGUCCUAUGCCAUUUGUCAGACUUUGAUAUUUAUACACCGAGGGAAAGCGAGGCCAGGCGUCAUCUUAAAGCACCACGCCGUUUCUGCUAUGCUGUAAAGAGCCAGCAGAAGACAUUCGUGUUUCCUAAUGGGGAAAACUUCGUCCACUUCUUUUGUGCCGAAGACGGACAAAUUGCUCGGCGUUUCCUGGAACUUGUGCAGCGUUGGCGAAGUUGGUAUUUGGUUAACAAGCAGGUGGAUUUCGAAAAGAAGGACAAAUCACCCCAGUUCUUCGACAGUAAAACGUCUCCUAAAACCAUGUCUCGAUCGAAGAGUACUGCUGCCAACAAGGGACAUAGUGCCAAGGUUUCCGUCAAUGAAACCCCUUACACAAUUGGUGCUUUCCAGCCACUUCUUGAUAUGGACCGUUUCGACAAGCCUUUGGAGGAGUUUGGCAAAGAUUUGGAGCAGCCCAAGGAUAGACGUGACCAAGAUUCCGAUCCCGAGUUCAAGACUGGACUUGUGCGCAAGGCCACUUGCAAACAGCCAAGCACAUUGUCAAAGUCUAGGUCGGUGCAUCAUAAGCAUAGGCCGCCGCCAAUGCCUCAGGACGAAAUACAAUUCUCCCCUAGUGGGCUCCUGGGUCAAGGCUACGAAGAGAAGCGCAGAAUGGCUGAGCAAGCGCCUGUCCUCAGUCCUGCCACCACAAAUACAGCCUUUACUAAAGGACCAUCGCUAUUGGGCCAGGGCUACGAACAAAAACGAAAGGUUUCGGAACGUACACCAGUCAACAACAAUGUCCCUUCAACAGACUCAGCUUUUACGAAUGGUCCUUCAUUGCUCAAUGGCGGUGUGCUCUCACCUACAUCCCCCAAGGGAAACAUGACAGAUUCGAAAUCUUGGUUCCCUCUAGGUACAGAACAGUCUUCCCAGCCACGCUACCGCAGUCGAUCUGUUCGGGACCCUUCUAGGCGGCCUACCACCUCUGAAAAGGUUCCUGAAAUGCCACAGCCGCUGCUCAAUCUGACCAGCAGUUUCCCUGAGCCACCUCAAUGGCGUAAGAAUAAGGGUCAUGGCGUUGAGGCUCCGGCGGGCGGCCCCCUGAUCAGCCUCGCCACAGGUGGCCAGAACAAUAGCAUGUUCAACACCCGUAGUGCCUCUGGUCUUGUCGGCCAGUCUCGCGUUACACCCUCCUCUUCCAUGAACGUCGGCGGUCGCCCUCGGAGCCGGUCUACCGCAGGAACACAGCAACCGCUGAGUCACGCCCCUCCUGUGCCUCCAUUGCCAAUUCGUUCCUUACGCCGGGAAAACACAGGGCCGCUUGAUCAGUCUCGCGGCCGUGAUCCUCGCCCGCGGGAACCUUUGAUUAACCGGGCUGGGACCCUGGGUCAUGCGUCAAGGAACUGA